GCCCGCCUCGGCGUUCUUCAAGAUGGCGGCCGACAGUGAGCCCGAGUCCGAGGUAUUUGAGAUCACGGACUUCACCACUGCCUCGGAAUGGGAAAGGUUUAUUUCCAAAAUUGAAGAAGUCUUGAAUGACUGGAAACUGAUUGGAAACUCUUUGGGAAAGCCACUUGAAAAGGGUAUAUUUACUUCUGGCACAUGGGAAGAGAAAUCAGAUGAGAUUUCAUUUGCUGAUUUCAAGUUCUCAAUCACUCAUCAUUAUCUUGUACAAGAAUUCCCUGAUAAAGAAGGAAAGGAUGAAGUAUUAGAAGAUGUUAUUCCACAAUCUAUGCAAGAUUUGCUGUGUAUGAAUAAUGACUUUCCUCCCAGAGCACAUUGCCUGGUAAGAUGGUAUGGACUCCGAGAGUUUGUGGUGAUCGCCCCUGCCGCAAAUAAUGAUGCUGUUCUCAGUGAAUCUAAGUGCAAUCUUCUUCUGAGUUCUGUGUCUGUUGCUUUGGGAAACACUGGCUGCCAGGUGCCACUCUUCGUGCAAAUUCAUCAGAAAUGGCGAAGAACGUAUGUGGGAGAAUGUCAGGGUCCUGGUGUCCGAACUGAUUUUGAAAUGGUUCAUCUUCGAAAAGUGCCAAAUCAGUACACUCAUUUAUCAGGUCUGCUGGAUAUCUUCAAAUCAAAGAUUGGAUGCACUUUAACUCCAUUGCCUCCAGUUAGUAUUGCUAUACGGUUUACCUAUGUACUUCAGGAUUGGCAGCAGUAUUUUUGGCCUCAGCAGCCUCCAGAUAUAGAUGCCCUUGUAGGAGGAGAAGUGGGAGGCCUGGAGUUUGGCAAGUUACCAUUUGGUGCUUGUGAAGAUCCUAUUAGUGAACUCCACUUAGCAACUACAUGGCCUCACCUGACUGAAGGUAUCAUUGUGGAUAAUGAUGUUUAUUCUGAUUUGGAUCCUAUUCAGGCUCCCCAUUGGUCUGUUAGAGUUCGAAAAGCUGAUAAUCCUCAGUGUUUGCUAGGUGAUUUUGUCACUGAGUUUUUUAAAAUUUGCCGUCGAAAGGAGUCAACUGAUGAGAUUCUCGGACGAUCCACAUUUGAGGAAGAAGGAAGAGAAGCUGCUGAUAUAACUCAUGCUUUGUCAAAGUUGACAGAGCCUGCACCGGUUCCAAUUCAUAAAUUAUCAGUUUCAAAUAUGGUACACACUGCAAAGAAGAAAAUACGAAAACAGAGAGGUGUAGAAGAAUCACCACUGAAUAAUGAUGUCCUCAAUACAAUUCUCUUGUUCUUAUUCCCUGAUGCUGCUUCUGAGAAACCGUUAGAUGGGACUUCUUCAACAGACAACAGUAAUCCUCCAUUAGAGAGUGAAGAAUAUAAUCUCUACAAUCAGUUCAAAUCUGCACCAUCUGAUAGUUUAACAUACAAAUUGGCUUUGUGUCUUUGUAUGAUCAAUUUCUACCAUGGAGGACUGAAAGGAGUGGCACAUCUCUGGCAGGAGUUUGUUCUUGAAAUGCGUUUCAGAUGGGAGAACAACUUUCUGAUUCCAGGAUUAGCAAGUGGACCCCCAGAUCUAAGAUGUUGUUUACUGCAUCAGAAACUACAGAUGUUAAAUUGUUGUAUUGAACGAAAGAAGGCACGUGAUGAGGGGAGAAAGACAAGUCCUUCAGAUAAUGUAACUAAUACAUAUUCAGGGGAUGCUGGAAAAUCUGGAGACCAGCUGGGGCCAGACAAUCUAAAAGAUAUGGAUAAGGAAAAGGGAGAGGUGGGAAAAUCAUGGGAUUCUUGGAGUGACAGUGAGGAAGAAUUUUUUGAAUGCCUAAGUGAUACUGAAGAACUUAAGGGAAAUGGACAAGAGAGUGGCAAGAAAGGAGGACCUAAGGAGAUGGCAAGUUUAAAGCCAGAAGGACGACUCCAUCAGCAUGGGAAACUUAAUCUGCUACAUAAUGGAGAACCUCUAUAUAUUCCAGUGACCCAGGAACCAGCACCUAUGACAGAAGAUCUGCUAGAAGAGCAGUCGGAGGUUCUAGCUAAAUUGGGUACAUCGGCAGAAGGGGCUCACCUCCGAGCACGCAUGCAGAGUGCCUGUCUGCUCUCAGAUAUGGAGUCUUUUAAGGCAGCUAAUCCAGGUUGUUUUCUGGAAGAUUUUGUGAGGUGGUACUCACCCCGGGAUUACAUUGAAGAGGAAGUGAUUGAUGAAAAGGGCAACAUGGUUCUGAAAGGAGAACUGAGCGCCCGAAUGAAGAUUCCAAGCAAUAUGUGGGUAGAAGCCUGGGAAACAGCUAAGCCAAUUCCCGCUAGAAGGCAAAGGAGACUCUUUGAUGAUACACGGGAAGCAGAAAAGGUGCUGCACUAUCUGGCAGUACAGAAACCUGCAGACCUUGCUAGGCACCUGUUACCUUGUGUAAUUCAUGCAGCCGUACUCAAGGUAAAGGAGGAAGAAAGUCUGGAAAACAUUUCUUCAGUUAAGAAGAUUAUAAAGCAAAUAAUAUCUCAUUCCAGUAAAGUUUUGCACUUCCCCAAUCCAGAAGACAAGAAAUUGGAAGAAAUCAUCCAUCAAAUUACUAAUGUAGAAGCUAUAAUUGCUAGAGCCCGAUCACUGAAAGCCAAGUUUGGAACUGAGAAAUGUGAACAAGAGGAGGAAAAGGAAGAUCUUGAAAGGUUUGUGAGUUGCCUUUUGGAGCAACCUGAGGUGUUAGUUGUCGGUGCAGGAAGAGGACACGCUGGCAGGAUCAUUCACAAGCUGUUUGUGAAUGCUCAGAGGCUGACUGAAUCUUCUGAUGAGGCUGCAGCCAUGGCUCCGCCGGAGGAGGAUCUGAAGAGGAUGGUCCCCCCGGAAGAGAAGAGGCAGAACCUGGCGGCAGACUUCCCACCCGCUGCGGGCCGGGAGCUCAUUUUGCGCACGACCGUGCCCCGCCCCGCUCCCUACUCCCGGGCUCUGCCUCAGCGCAUGUACAGUGUCCUCACCAAAGAGGAUUUCAGGCUUGCAGGUGCCUUUUCAUCAGAUACCUCCUUCUUCUAAUCCUUCUAGAGUUCCCUCAUUUGUGGCUUCACAGACAGUGCUAACCCCUUCUGUGGGAAGGAGGUUGUGCCAGUCAGAACCUGAGAGGCCAUGAAGAGGACCUGUCCAGUUUGGUGAUCAAGAAUCAUACCAGCAUCUGAGAGACUUUCCACUGGGCUGUCUAGGGUCUUGUGGGGGCAGAGGAAUGGGCUUCAGCUAUUGAAAGAUUUCUUUCCCAAAGAGAUGGCCCUUGUUGUUUGGGGGAUGGGGGGGACCAGAACAACAGCAGGAGGUCUGUGUACUCCCUCCAGCAGGAUUGUGUUCAUUUCUUCUUUUCCAUGACUAUCCCUUAGGCUAUUGCCCUGCAUUCAUAGUCUCUGUAAACACCUAUUAUAUUUAUUAGUAUCAAGUAUGCAAAGUAGAGUACCAGUUAACUCAGAUUUCUGGAUAUUUUGGUGGUAGCUUCUACUCCCAGAAUCUGUUUUUAAAAUACUAAAUGACAUUCUGUUUAUUCAGUCACCUGGUGGCCAUCUUUACUGUACUAAUUGACUUUUGAUGAGCAUUUUGAAUAUUCUAGGAGAAAGCCUGGAAUUUCACAGUCUAUGUGUUUUUCCAUGUAACUGUGACUUAAAUGUAUUCCUUCCGAUAAAAAAACUAUAUAUUAAAUGUCACUGCAAAUUAGUUUUAUAUCUCUCGUAA